AUGGCUGACGACAUGUUUGCGCCGCCCGUGAACCGCGCCAUGAAGGUGCUGGACCGCAGCUUCUUCCAGAAAACCGUCCCCGCCUCCGCCGCGAGAAUCUUCAAGCCGCAGGACAUUGCGCGCUGCCGCAAGGAGCUGCAGCUCAGCAAGGACACGCUGCCCAACAACCGCAUACAGCCCGUGCGGACCGAUCCCGAUGCAGACAGAGCACAAAAAGGCGGCAAGUGCCUCGUCUUGAAGCCCGAGAUUGUGCAUGACGAUCGCACGACAUGGAGCUCCAAGCUGCGCGACCUCGAGCAGAACGGCACCCUCGGCGUCAUCCCCUACGAGCUGCACCUCGACUACGACUACUUCACCUACUCGGAGAUCACGAGCGCUACCAUCCCGCCGCCCGAGAAGAAGAACGACGAUGAGAUACCCCAAGGCUUCACUCUGGCCGGCCACGUCGCGCACCUGAACCUGCGCGAACGCUACUGGCCAUACAAGCAUCUCAUCGCCACCGUCCUGGCCGACAAGAACCCCAUGGUCAAGACGGUCAUCAACAAGCUCGACAACGUCGGCACCGAGAACGCCUUCCGCACCUUCCAGUACGAAGUCCUUGUUGGCGAAGACGACCUCAAUGUCGAAGUCCACGAGCAGGGCUGUACCUUCAAGUUCGAUUUUGCAAAAGUAUACUGGAACACGCGCCUGCACACCGAGCAUGAACGCCUUUGCGACAUUUUCCAGGAAGGCGAGGCUAUCUGCGACGUAACAGCCGGCGUGGGCCCCUUCGCCGUGCCUGCAGGCAAGAAGAAGUGCUUCGUCUGGGCGAACGACCUGAACCCGGAGAGCUACAAAUCGCUGGAGGACAACGUCAAGAUUAACAAAGUUGGCGACUAUGUGCGCGCUUUCAACUCUGACGGCACCGAUUUCAUACGCACUGCGUCCGCCGGGCUGCUCACGAGCUCACACUCAGUCGACAUUAUGCCCAAGGUCAAGUUCUCGCGCAGCAACCCGCCAAAAGAGAAACCCACACCCCUGAAAACGCUGACACAGCCGCGCAUCUUCAGUCACUACGUCAUGAACCUACCCGCCAGCGGCAUCAACUUCGUUUCGAGCUUCGUCGGGCUGUACGCCAACGUUCCUGGCGUUCCUGUCGAGGAGAUUAAGAAGCUGUUUGAGGGGAAGAAUAUGCCCAUGGUACACGUGCACUGUUUCAGCACCAAGAGCGACGACAACGUGCAAGAGAAGAAGGAAAUCUGCGAAGAGCUUUCGAGGCAGAUGGGCUACACCAUCACCCCUGACAUGCCCGAGGUCGACAUCUAUGAUGUGAGGGAUGUGGCGCCCAAGAAGAGGAUGUUCUGCGCUACUUUCAGGCUGCCUGAAGAGGUCGCUUUCAGGAAGGUGUGA